AUGGCGUCCUCCACUCCCUUUUCCAUCCUCCUCAUCAUCUGGCUAUCCAUGGUUCCGCCUCUUUGCUUCUCUGAGUCCCGCAUUUUCCACUUUCAAGACGAUGCCAGGCCGAUAAUCCCCUUAGAUGAGUUCGGCUUCACUUCGCCAGGUGGCCUCGAGCUCAUCCUCUCUCACUUCUCCCACUCCUCUCCUUACAAUCAUCCGCACCCGGACCUCUACCAUGUUGGAUUCUUCCUCUGCCCCCGGCAAUCCUUGACCCGCCUUCUCCAGCAGUUAGAUAACCGCAUGAUCGAGUGCCCGCUCCAUUUGAACAUAGCUAAGUCACCCCUCACCUUCCGAUUACUCGAGGUGGGCAGAAGUGGAACUACCAUGUUUAUGUCAGUCGAUGAGGAUGAGCGCUACACUCUUCUCCUUGCGAACUGCAUUCAAGGGAUGAAGAUCUCCAUGGACGUAAAAUUGGAAAUGUUCAAUCUGGUCGGACACGGAGACUUUGGCCGCCGCAACUAUCUGUCCGCCGGGGAAAAACCUCUCCCUAGAUUCUUGUUCCUCUUCUUCUCGGCCUAUUUCGCUCUAACCUUGCUCUGGACUCAUCUCUUGCUGAUCAACAAGAAACGACAUGCCGUUUUUCGCGUCCAUUUCUUCAUCCUCGCUGUGCUAAUCCUCGAGGCAAUAAACCUGUUUUGUGAGGCAGAGAAGUUUUCACACAUGAAACUCCACGGUUUCCUCGUAGACCGUUUUAAGGUUGUUUUCUAUGCUCUCAGAUCAUUAACAGAAAGCAUUGUGUUCAUCUUAACCGUGUUGAUUAGCACAGCCGGACCAUGGACAUUCUUGAGACCUUUUUCCUUGCCGGAAAAGGACAAGUUGAUGGUGUUUUUCAUCAUUAUUCCUCUUCAAAUCAUCCGAAACAUCGCUAAAGUCUUCGUCGACGAGACGGGGCCUUUUGGAGACUACCGGUUUACUUGGAAGGUAGUUUUUUUGGUCGCCGACUUGGUUUGCUGCUUCGCAUGGCUCAUCAUAAACGACUGGUCACUAAAGGACAUGCGAUCACAAGAAGUGAUCAUCAUGAUCAAUUUGCCAAAAUUAUCAGAAAGGUCGAAGGAGUACUUCGCUGUGGUUAAAUUGUACGUUUUCUUAACUCGUGCUGUGCUGUUUGCAUGGGAUAGUACGAUGAUCAUGAUCUCGUACAAGUACGUUUGGAUCACCAUCGUUGUCUCGGAGCUUGUCACGCUUGCUUUCUAUGCUUUUAUGGGCUUCACGUUCCGACCAGAUCAGGCCAACAAAUUAUAUCACUACUCUUUGCAGAUUGAUGAGAAAGAUCAGGAAGAGGGGGAAGCUGAACUUGCAGUGACAAUGAAGAUGGUGAAGUGA